AUGACCUCACCACGGCCCGAUCUAGACUUCAGCCUGCUCGAUGCGAGCAUUCUAGAGCUCCAAAAUGCACUCUCCUCCGGAGUACUCACUAGCGUGGACUUAACCGCGCGGUAUCUACGACGAAUCAGUGUCUAUGAUGCCAAUGGACUGAAGCUCAGCGCCGUCCCCAUUCUCAAUCCAGCAGUCUUGGACGAGGCAGCAGCCUCAGAUGCCAGACGAGCCCAAGGACUUCCGCAACGACCGCUAGAAGGAAUUCCGUUCCUAGUAAAAGACAACAUCAAAGUGAAAGGAAUGGUCAUCGCAAAUGGGUCACCUGCAUUUGAGAAGCUCAUUGCCAACGAAGACGCGGCAUGCGUGCAGAUUCUCCGCAAUGCAGGCGCAGUCCUCAUCGGCCGAACAAACAUGCCUGCGAUGGCGUACGGAGGAAUGCAACGCGGAGUUUGGGGACGCGCAGAGAGCCCCUAUAACGGCGAUUAUCUGGCAGCGGCCUAUGCUUCGGGCUCGUCGAAUGGUUCUGCAGUUGCGACAAGUGCGAACUUGUGUGCAUUCUCCCUGGGGACAGAGACUGUUUCCUCUGGCCGAUCGCCCGCCUCGAACAAUGCCAUUGUCGCAUAUACGCCAUCGAAGGGGUUGCUUCCUCUACGUGGCGUCUUUCCUCUUUAUCCGACCUGCGAUGUCUUAGUGCCACAUACGAGAACGGUGGCUGAUCUCUUCCACGUCCUGGACGUUUUGGCCGUCUCGGAUCCGACCCCAACUGGCGACUUUUACAACGAACAAUCAGUUGUCUCCAUUCCGUCAAUAUCUUCUCUUCGACCACAAUCAUUCUCAACGUUAGGAGAUGUAUCGUCACUCAAAGGAAAGCGCAUUGGAGUACCGUCGAUGUACAUCGGAGGCGAUGACGCCUCGGUUCUUCCACUCAGCAAAGUCAACACCCGCCCUUCUAUCAUCAAAUUGUGGAAGAAAGCACGCCAAGUGCUGGAAGCAUGUGGAGCUGAGGUGGUCGAGACUGAUUUCCCCUUGGUGACAAAAUACGAGUCGAACGCAUCGUCAGGCCAACUCGUUACUGUCUCGAAUCUCCCAGAGGGAUGGGCUGCCAAGGAGCGAUGUGAGGUGGUGUCGCAUGCAUGGGAUGAGUUCGUCGCUUCAAACGGACAGGAAGAUCUCCUGUCUCUAACUCGUGUGGACCCUGCCACAAUCUUCCCUCUUGCACCCGGUUCACUUCUCGGUACGCCUGAGGCAGCAAAUAAACCUCGCUGGGGUGAGAUCGUUGAGUACCCACGUACCAAGCCUGCUUCGAUUUUGGAGAUCCCUGGGAUGAAGCAAGCAAUCAAAGCACUCGAGGACGCUCGGAAGGAAACCUUCGAACAGUGGAUGGACAAAUUCGGCUUGGAUGCGGUGGUAUUCCCAGCCAACGGUGAUAUCGGUGCUGCGAACGCCGAUGUCGAUAAAGAUGCGUCUAAUUUUGCCUGGAGCAAUGGGGUGAAGUAUUCAAAUGGCAAUCGGCCAAUUCGUCACCUCGGUGUGCCAACCAUUUCUGUGCCCAUGGGAAUCAUGGAGGAUACAAAGAUGCCAGUGAAUCUCACGUUUGCUGGGAAAGCAUACGAAGACAACAGCCUUUUAGGCUAUGGCUACGCUUUCGAGGCUGCUACGAAGGCUCGCAUCAAGCCGUCUCUUACCCCGGCUCUUGACACAGAUCAUAUUUCCAGUGGCACUAAGUCUCAGACGUCUCUGACUCAAAACCGAAUGGAGCUGAAUGUGAAGUCCAAGUCAAAAGAUAUCAGGGACUCAAAGGUCCUCGUUCAGGUUACGGGGACUACAAGCCUUCCAGUGAGACAUAUUUCUUGCUAUGUGAAUGGAGAUCCUUGUGAUAUUAGUACUAUUGAAGGUGGCAAAUGGUCACUUGCCACUUCAUACCCAGCGUCUGAACGAGACGAUCAGUGGAAGCCCUGGGCGAGCCCAGCAUUGAAGCAAACAAUUGUGACUGUGGUGGCAUACUCUGAUGACGGGUGUACAGAUGGCAAGCUGAUCCUGCUGUGA